AAAACACCCCGUGAGAGAUGGUCAAGAUGAAAGGAAAAUAUACUCGUUACAAGGAUAAAAAGACAAGUAAGAGCAAGCGUAACAAGCUCAAAGAGAUCGAAGGCCAAAUGCAGUGCGAUGCAGAGACAAAAGCAGGUAAAAUGGAAGAAGAAAAGAGCAUGUCCUACGGCAAGGCUAAAAUGAUAUAUAAACUUAAAGGCAAGAGAGUCCUUGAACAAAUCAGAGCUCUUAAAGCCAAGAGGAAGCAGUUCAGUAAGAAAGACCUCCACCAGAAGGAACAAAGGAAAGAGAUCACGAAAGAAAUUAGAGAGCUAGAAGCUACUUGGGAGAAAGAGAAGCAAGAGGGUCUUUCUAAGUUCGAGCCAGAGGAAACACCCACUGAAGAAGUAGAGAAAGAGACAACUGAAACCACUAAAGAAGUAAAGAAGGAUGACUAG